AUGCUUUGUGGAAUUAUCUCACUGAUUUUGCUAAUUGAAUCUUCUUAUCAAUGGUGUGAGACUAAGCAGUAGAAUGUUACAUAUUACACAUCGAAAGGUGAACAGAUUAGAUGGAGGGCAGACUCAUUAAUUACAGGAAAUGGACUUUAAUACACUUUGAUACCAAACUCAACUAUUAUGAGAUAUCAUCCUGCCUUCGAUUAAAUAUCUGAGGAAGAGCCUCAUUAUGGAACUUUAAUUUAGACAGGUGCAAUAAGAGCUUACGACACAGCAAGUUCCGGAGCGUGGACAAACUCGUUUGCAUUUUUGGAAUGGGAUGACAAAAAAAACAUAUACGACAUAUAUUACUAAUAAGGAAAUGUAUUGGAUAUGGCUAAGACUCCUUCAUUUUCUUAAAAGGUGUAAUUGACAAAUAGCAAUGCAAUUAUAGAUUGUUUUGAUAUUGAAUAUAUCAAUCCUGACUUAUGGAUAGUCGAUUGUGCUGAAAGGAAUGAUGCCACUCCUACAUAACCAAUGAAAAAUUAUCUAUAUUAGGUUGACUAAUUAGACAAUCCUGGUACUGCUGGUGCCAAAAGAUAAGAGGUGCUCAAUCGCAAAUAAUAUAAAUAAGUGAAAGGAAGGAAAAUCUAAUAUCAUGUUUAUUACAAAAGAGGAACUGGAGAACAAAUCGGAGUUGGAGUUGAUCGUCCACAACCUCCUUAACCUAUUCGAAUGCUACUAAGAGGACAAUAAGCCUUUAAUUCUGAAACAGGAAACUAAACAGUGUUGGAUACCGACUGCUCCAUUGAUUUAUUAAUUAGAUUGGAUAAUGGAACAAUGAAGGAUACUAGUGUAUUAGACAAAGCUAAAAUAAGUGCAGACACUAAACAAACUGUUAAUUUCACUUUGAUUGAUUUCAAAGUGUAACCCAAUGGCGAUGUUUAUAUUUUGGAUGCUGAUUAGGGAGUAUAUGUCUAUCAAGUGACAGAGGAGGGAUAAUGGGUUUACGUUAAAACAAUUCAAACUCUCAAUUAAAAAGCUUAUGGUUUUGAUGUUGUGGAGAUGCUGGAUGAGGAUGGAUAUCCAGAAUUGGCCUUGACUGUUUUGUAUGAAUCCAAUUUGUUAAUCACUGUGGCAUCAGCUUAAAGGAAUGGAUACCAUUUACCAUUCAAAGCAUCUUUUCCAGUUUCAGUCUCAUUCAGUGAUAAGUAUGUGGUUGUAGUGCAUUAAUAAAAGUUAUACUUGUAUAAUAUGGAACUGCCCUAUUUACUCCACUCAGAGAUAUUGAUUUCUGAAACUAUUUUAGUAAAUCCUUUCGCUCCUGAUGUUAUUGUAGUCUCAUCCACUUUAACCAGAAGGUAUGAAUUGAGUGAUGGAUAUUUGGCAUCCGAGAAUUCAGUGCAAAUAGAAAAAUCAACAAUCAAAUUUUAUGGAACUGAUGGCACUAAAACAUGCAGUAGUGAAAUUAAUUACUAAGUGUUGCCUAUUGAAGAUGCUAAUAUUUAUGAUUUGGGUCAUGAUCCCUUCCCUAGCAUGGUCACAUAUCCAGCUGAACCAUUCUUACUUUAAGAUUUAGCAUCUGGACCAAAUCUAUAAUACAUCACCCCAGAUUUUCAUUAGGACCAUGUUGAAGUUCUAGUACAUUUUCUAUGGGAAAUAGAACUUAAGAAUGUUAGUUUGUUCGAUGCUAAAGAUGUUGCCUAUGCUGAUCUCUUAGUUGACCCUCAUCAUCAUAACAAUAAUAAGUUCUAUCUAUUUUUGUAACAUAAAAAUAAAAGUGUUAUUAUUUGGGAUUGUUAAUCACAUAGUUACAACGAUAAUCAUACUAAUUGUGAGAUAUAGGAUCGAUUUGAUUUACCAGUGCAAUUAAGCAGAACAAACUCAUAAUUUGAUUGGAAAACAUUCGAAUAAGAAGUAGUGACUUUCUAAUUCUAAGUGAACGAUUAUGAAAUCGUAUUCUAUAGUAAUUACAAUGGUGAUCAUCAGAAAAUAGGCAACGUUACUUAUGAGGCAAAACCAGAAUUUAAAAUUACUUCGUUCACAGCUUUAAAAUAAACCAUUUAUAUCGUUUAACAUGCUUAAAAAGAAGUAGAUGCCAUUUUCGGAGUCAAUCCAACUCUCAUCAAAUAUUCCAUUGAUGCAUAUCUGAUUGAUGAAUAUUAAACAGGUUGUAGUUGGACUCCAAAAAGAGUAUUUGGAAAUUCAUUCACUAACAGCGAAUUCAUCUUCGUUUUGACUGAUGAUUGUGUGAUAAUGGGUGAAUUAAGAACUCAUUUUGUGUUAUUAAAGGCUAUUCCUAUUGAAACCGAUGCCGAAGUUGAAGUUGCAGUUGGUUAAAAGACCUUCUAUAUAAUUUCCAAGGGGAAAAAGGAAAGCAUCAAAGAAUUCAAUUAUGAAAAUUUAAAUGACAUUUAUCUAAUGAAAUCAAUGCCAUUCUAUGGAAGAUAUUCUUUAUAAACUCCACUAACAAUAGACUUUGUUUUUGAAACAGGAUUCCUUUUCGUAAGAGCCUAUGAUUCUAUUGAGAAAGAGACUGUAAUUCUAAUCUACGAAUCCAACAUCCUAUAUAGAAAUUCAUUACACAAAGUAUUAAAAACACAUUAAUUGAUUCCUGAUGGUUAAUUGUUAGAAACUGCUGCUUCUGGAUAAGAAUAAAUGUUUGUUUAUUUUAAUGAUUUGAAAACCUAAAGGGUUAUAGUAGUCCUAAAGGACUCAUUGAUGGAGUUGGUACCAAGUCAUCUGAGUGAUGCUUAUACAACAUCAAUGAAAGCAGCUGUAGGCAUUUCUAAUACAUUGUCAGAUUAAAAAACAAGUGUAAUAUAUCCAAUUAAAUUUAUUAACACUCAAUCUAUUGUUAGAGUCAACAUUACUCUUUUGGCCAAAACAGUAUUCCACUUCAAUUCCACUGAGAAAACCUAAUAUUUGAAUUUCACUAAUGAUGGAUUGUAUUAUGGUCAUGUUACAAAAUUCGGGAUCAUUUGCAAAUAAUGUGACGGUAAACUUAUCAGUAUCCUCAACCCUCUGACCAAAAGUAGUGAAGGAACCUAAUUUGCUAAUUAUGAAAUUAUUGCUGGUGCUGCAUUCAAAGAUUCAGUUGUUUAUUUGGCUGAUCCUAAAUCAUUGGUAUUUUAAAACAGUGAUGAUGACACUGUUAAAUUUGUCCAUAAGAUAGAACCUGGCACUCAUUGCACUCAAUUAACGACUUUAAACGAGUAUAUAUUAGUAACUUGUAUUAACAACUCAGAUACUCUAUUAUAUAUUGUUAAUUGUGAUAUUGCCAAAUUAACAUGCUCAUCUAUUCAAUCAGACACUCCUAAUAUUGGAAAGUUCAGUCAAGUAUCUAAAGUUUUAUAUUUAAAUUCAUACCUUUACAUUUUGGAUGCUGAUCAAGAUCAUCCACUUACUAAUAGAGGAGCUCUCCAUGUUUAUUAAUUAACUUUAGACCAAAAGUGGAGUGUUAAGAAUGAAAAGGUUUUAGAUGCAUUAUACUUCAAACUAACACCUAGUAAUGAUUACUAUAUUACUGAUUUUGAUGUUGUUUAAUUCCAAUAAGGAAAUACAUUUUAUUAGAAAAUCAUGAUUCAAACAGCUAUUGGGUAGACUUACUUUGUUUAAAUGUACAAUGAUGGUGGUCUAAUAAAAGACAACCAUCAGUCAGUUUUUAAUCUAGCCUCAUUUUUGAAUAAAGAUUAUGCAGUCAAAGCGGAUACGAAUUUCUAAUAAAUAAGAGCCUAUAAAAGUGUAACUAAUGCAAACACAUUAGAUGCAACUGUGAUAGUCACUACGAACAAUGUUGCUCAAUAUGCCAUCACAUUUUCAUUUGAUAUCAGUGAACCUCUUAAUAAGGGUUCGCCAUUAAAAGACACAAGUGUUCCAUUUUUAUUGAAUCAUUAUGGAACCAUGCAAACCUUGAAUAAAUUUGUUGUUGGAUAAGGACAUGCUGCUGUUCCUUAUUAUAAUUCAUCUCAUCUAAUGAUUAGCGUUUAUUAAUUACCAUCACUGACAGCCUUAAGUGCUGAUGCAACAGCCAAAAUGAUAACAAUCUCUGGAGCAGAAACUGUCAGACACCUUGCUUCAAAUACUUAAUUCGCCCUUGUUAUCUAAAAACCUACAAAUUAGACUGAACCCUCCAUCUAUACAAAUAUUGAAGAAGAUAGCAAAUCCUAUAAUUAUGUCCUCAAGAAAUAUACUAUCCAUGAUGUUCCUAAAAUUAAAAUAGUAUCCGGAGACUAAGUACAAUCUUAGAUAAUAGAAUUGUAAAUUGAAAAUGAUUACAGUUCUGCAUUGGGAGCCUUUGAAAUUAUUAACAACAAUAAUCCUCCUCCUCCUCCAGAUGAUGGUGAUAGUGGAAGUUCCCUCGUUUGGCUUUGGAUAUUAUUAGGAAUUUUAGGUGGACUUGCUAUAUUAGGCGGAGCCUUUUUUGUUUAUAUUAAGUUCUUUAAGAAGGGCUCACAAGUUUCUUCUAGUGCAAAAGUAUCAUUGAUGAACUAAUGA